AUGCACGACAAUGGAACCUUGCUGCUGAUUGGGAUUCAGUGCUUCGGCGUCACGGAUCUUGUCAAUAAGGCCCUGGACGAAGAGGAGGUAAUAACGGCAGUCAGUCGUACUGGACAGGAGGUGGCGGAAGGAAUCAACUCAACUGAAUCCGAGCUGACCUCAAAUCGCGGCACCGGCACCGGCACCGUGGCGCCACGCGGGGAGGACGAGUGGCUGCGCGUGCACGGCCGGGUCGUGGCGAUGCUGCCGCAGGUGGAGGCGCUCGCCGCCGCCCGCGCGCGGCUGGAGGCCGUCAACGCGCUCCAGCACGAGUUCUGGGAGGCCCGCGACGCACUCCUCCAGCAUCGCCUCCUCCAGGCGGAGGAGAGCGUUAGGCGUUGGGAGGCGGCCUACAUCGACCUGCAGCCCUCCGGGGAUGAUCAGAGGUUCGCCGAACUCCAACGGAGUGACUUGGAGGACUUAGCAACUUUUGUAGAUGUUUUCGCUGCAGAAAACGCAGAAUUUCAGAUAAAAGUGAAGGAAGUUGACGCUGGUGCAGAUCAUAGUCAAGAUCCUGCAGACCACGAGCGCAUAACAGAAGAUUUAAAAGCAGAGCUACAAAAAUUGAAGCAAGCUUAUGAAGCCCUUUGCUCAGAGAAGGAUAAGAAAGUUUCUGAAAUAACUGCAGAAAAGGAUUUUGUCCGGGACCAGUUUAAGACACUGGAGCGGGACUAUGCUGAUUUCCGUAGCUACAUGAACAAUAAGUCUACACAAGCUAGUGAGGCAGCGUUAGAGCUUCAGAAGAAUGUAGAACAGCUGCAAGUUGCGUCCCAAAAGAAGGAUGAGGAGAUUCGCAAAUUGCGAGCACGAGUAAAAGCUGCCGAGGCCAAAAGGAAAUCGGUACCUGAAAGUAAGCUACAAAAAAUGGACUCUAUGCCCAAGAAGAUAGACGAAGAAAUUGAGAAAUGCAAGGAUCGGCAACCUGAGGCAAGUCAAAGGCACAAGAAAGAUACGAGUGGAACACCCAAAAAAGGCUGUUCUGAAGGUCCUGCUUUAGUGACGGAAACAAGAAAUUAUUCUUCUAAUCAAAUGCUAGCAGAAGACGGGCGACCUGAGGCUAGCCAGAAGCGCAAGUGUGCCACUUUCUUAUCUAAUGUCUCGUCCGAGGAGAGCAAGGCACGGUCAUCUGUUGCUGUCCAAGGAAAGCUGGAAGGACAGCAGGUUCAUUGCACACUUCCUAAUAUUCAAAAGAUGUCUUCUACUUCUCGUAUUGAAUCAUGUGGUGAGAUGAAUAUUGACUUUGGCUUUAAGGCCCAAGAGGUUAUGCAAGCAGCGGCGAUUCUUGAUGAAGCAGACCGACUUAAAGUUGUGGAACUUGGGUACUCAACUUUCCUAAACCUAAAGUUGGGACCAAUCAGCCAGCGCAAGGAAACCUAUCAGUGUAUGAAGCUAGUUGAUCUGGAAGAGGAUAGGAUCAAGGUGCAGCUACAAAAUGAUGUAAUUGUAUACAUCAGACCAGAUGAGAUCCAUGAUCUCUUGAUGCUGCCCCAAGGUCCUAAGGCCCCCCUCAAGUACAAUAUGCAACAACAUCCUGACUUUAAGCAAUUGCGAAGUGAAUUGGGUGAAACUGGAAGGUUGGAUACUGUGAAAAUAUUGGAGUUGAUGGAAAAAGAGGAGAACAAACAAUUGAGGCUCAAAUGUUUUUUCCUCAUUCUCUUUUCAAGAUUUCUAAUGCCUACCACUUCACAAACUAUUAACGUAAAUGCAGUGAUGUACACAAGGCAUUUGGCAAGCCUCAAGGAAUUUGACAUGUGUACAAUAGUAUAUCUGCAUCUCAGGGAGUCUAUCAAACUUUGGAAGAAGCAGAGUCAGGAUGCAAAACCCACAUCACUUACUAUGUAUGGUUGCCCAAUCAUAAUUCUGGUAUUUAUUGUAGAUAAUUUGAAACUGACGGAUAGCGUAAACAAGAAUCGUCCUCGGAUCAAUGAGUACAAUAUGGCGACUUUGAUGGAAACUAUUUGUAAGGCUAAGGACAAUGGCAAGAUCUCCUUCGAGAACUGGAAGUUGAAAUCUCUAGAGGAGAUCUGCUAUGCGCAAUCAUCAAGAUUUUGCAUCCUGUCCGCAGUUGACUCCCAAGAUGUAAGAUCUGCUAUGGCGAUUUCUGCAGUGCCUGAGUCUCAAGCUAUCCAGUCCAUGAGUUCAGAUCCUCUCUUCAGUGCAUAAUCCUGAAUCUUUUGGAUUUCACCAAGCACAAGUUGAUGCAUGCAUAGCUGGAUUAUCUGCAUUGCAGCCAGUUGGCAUUGCUUCCUGCAGCAAUGCUGGUGCCUCCUGCAGCAUUUCUGAAGCUGCUGCCAGCACAAAGAAGGCUGAUGAAGGAGCUGCUGAAGAUACCAGCAAUGCUGCUGCAGCAAUGUUGAUGCCUACUGAAGCUGCUGCUGCUGCGGUGCCUGAAGCUGCCAACACAGCGGUGCCUGAAGCUGCCAACACAGCUGUGCAAGAAGUUGCCAAGUCAAGCUGUGCUGCCAAGAAUGCUGCCAAGAAGCCUGGUGCUCCCAAGAAGCCUUCCAAUAAGCCUGCUGCUGCUGCUACGAUGUGCAGCGCGAGGCUUAAUGCUGCUGCUGCUGCUGCUGAGGGCGUAACUUCACCAAUUAGGAAGCAGAAGCGCAAAAGACAGUAGAUGUGUCCCUAAGAAGAAGGUUGAUGUGUCCCUAAGCUCCCCCAGUUGUGUUAAAACUUUGUUAGUUCUGAACGUGUAUGCUGUAAAACUUGUUAGUUCUGAACGUGUGAAACUUCUGCUGUUCUGCAAGGUGUUUGCUUGCUCUGUAUAUUACAAGGUGCUUGCAGCUUUGCUUGAUAUGUAAUUAAACUUGCUCUGUAGGUAGUUCUUGUUUGAACAUUAUUAUUAGUCAUGUGUAUCUGCUGCAGUGUUCGGAGUUUGAACAAAAUAUUAUUAGUCAUGUG